CAUCUCGAGUGACCUUAACAAGAGAUCGUCGUUGUGUGGUGGAAAUUCCGGUGUUAUCGUUCAAUGCGAAUAUGAUGGUGUCUUAAAAAUUUAGUUUGAAACAAAUCGAAUAAAUGGAUUCGUACGGGAUUUAUAGUUUUUUGAUUUUACAAUGUAUAAUUUUAAUGACUUUCAUCAAUGGGGCCGAAAUAAAUUCAACAAAUAAAACAUCUUGCGUUUUGCCUGAGUACCAUAAACAUGGAAAAUGGUCGAUAUUAAGCGGUGCUGGAAAGCCCGGUGAUCGGAUUGGUGAAGGAAGCAUUUUAGUAAAUGAAUGUGAUAAUGGAUAUACGCAAAUAGAGGAAACAUCCUACUGUUAUUCUGGAAGAUGGACUGAAUCAUUUGAAUGCCAAAGAUUGUGUCCUCCCGUUCACUCAACAGUGUCUACAGUGGUAAAAUGUACCUACAAAGGAGGGUUCCGCGAAUGUGACAGGGCUCCAGAUGGUUCCGCCUUAUCAGUUAGUUGCUCUGCAUUUUAUCAAAAUUCUUUGAACAACGUAAGUUCAUAUUUUUGUGUAGAUGGUACCUGGGAUUAUGAGAUAAUACGAUGUAGUCCGAUAUGUGGAGUGAAGAAACCAUCAUCAUUUGAAGGUAGUGGCAAAUAUGCGUGGCAGGCUGCUAUAUAUAUAAAAAAAAACGAAACAUAUAAGGAUUUUAUAUGUGCAGGGACACUGAUAAGCUCAAACGUCAUUUUAACUGCUGCACAUUGUAUUACAAGUUUUGAUGAUAAUACGGCGGAGAAUGUAGAAAAAUAUGAAGUUGCCGUAGGAAAUUAUUACAGAGAAUAUAGACAUACAAGAGAUGUAUUUGCUCAAGUUUCAAAGAUUAAGAAGUUUAUAGUUCAUGAAUCUUUUAAAGGAAUUGUACAAAAUUAUCUGAGCGAUUUGGCAAUGAUUGUAGUAGAAACUCCAUUUACUUUAUCGGAGUUUAUACGUCCUAUAUGCCUUGAUUUUAGAGACUCUCUAAAAUUAACACCCGGUAAACGAGGAAUACUUGUAGGUUGGGGUUACAGAGGUAUUGCAAAUGAUUAUUUAUCUACAACACAAAAAGUUGUGCAUAUAGUAUACGAAGAUUUCACUGUAUGUGCAUCUCUUUUACCAAAUGAUUUUAAACAAUUUUUAACUUCUGACAAAAUUUGUGGAAGAAAUUAUAAUUCUAGUGUCAAUGUUUGUAAGGGUGACAGUGGAGCGGGUUUAUUUUUUGAAAAUAAUGGUGUAUAUUACCUAAAGGGUAUUGCAAGUGUUCAAAGGCAAUCGAUCGGAGUCCCAUGUGAACCCAAUCAAUUUACUUUGUACACAAAUCUUUUUAAGUAUGAAACAUUCAUCAUUGAAAAUUUAAACAAAUACAGUGAAGAGCCAUUACCAACACCAGAAACUCUUCCUCGAAUCAGUCUCCCAACAUCAACUUCUGCUCCGGAUAAGAACUCGUGCGUCAAGCCGCAGUCAAUCCAAAAUGGCAAUUGGAAACUUAAAUAUCAAGUAGACUUGAAAAACAAAAACUACUAUCCUCCAGGCACGAUAAUAAUCGGCAGCUGUGAUGAUAAUUACGCAUUGGAAAACGAAUCGAAUUUGUCGUUUUGCGACGAAGGAACCUGGACUCAAGUUUUUUCAUGCAAAAUUAAGUGUCCUAUAUUGGAAGACAAAGAGUAUACUACUCUAACUUGCACAUACAAUGAUCAGUUCAGAUCAUGCAAUCAAGCGAUUGCUGAUACAUAUCUGGAAGUCACAUGUGCUCCUUUUUAUGAAGUGAGGAACGACGACAGAUAUCGAAUUUGCAAGUCGAAUGGCAGAUGGAAUGAUGACAUUCCGCAAUGCGUCCCAGCCUGUGGUAUAAAAAAUGGGCAAACAUCUAUUCUAGCUGUUGGAAGCACGAAAGCAAACAUUACGGACUUCCCUUGGCAAGUUGCCAUAUUUAAAAAAAUGAAAGGUGAAUUUAGCCCAUGGUGUGGAGGAUCUAUUUUAACAAUAUCGAUUGUUUUAACUGCUGCCCACUGCAUGGUUGAGGACAAAAAUGAUGGUACAGUCGAAAUAAAUAAAGAUAUCUACGAAGUAGCAGUUGGAAAAUAUUAUAGAGAUUAUAAACAUCCUGAUGAAGAAAAUGUACAAUACUCAAAGAUUAAGAGAAUUAUUACAUCUGAGCAAUACCGAGGUUAUUUCGGCAAUUACGUGGGUGAUAUUGCUUUGCUAGUGGUAGAAAAGAAAUUAAUACUAAGCCGAACAGUGCAGCCAAUUUGCUUGGACAUAUCUGGCUUUUAUCAAUUACGACCAAAUCAACCUGGAAUUGUUUCCGGUUGGGGUUUCACAAAACAUGGAGGUGAUCCACCAAAUGAGCUUCGUCAAAUAGAAAUGCCUUUUGUGGAAGAAUCAUUGUGUCGUAAUCGAUUACCGCCUGAUUACUCGCAAAGAUACUUCUCGUACGAUAAAAUAUGCGCAGGAUAUAUUAAUAGCAGCAAAGCGGUAUGUGAGGGAGACAGUGGAGGAGCGUUGAUUUAUAGACAAUCAAAUGGACGAUAUUAUGUUAGAGGAAUUGUCAGCAUUUCGCCACGAUUACAAGGAAGCUGUGAUAUUGAUCAAUAUUCGUUAUUCACAGAUGUUCUGAAAUUUAAAAUGUUAAUUUCUAGAACAAUUUUAAGAUACUCAUGACAAAUAGAUUGAUGUUUUCUAUGAAAAUGAAUUUACAUUUCUUUUUAAUAAAAUAUGCAUCCUAAAUGAAUUAAUGAACUUUGUAAUAACGAUACUUAUAGCAAAAAUUAUAGUUGAUUUUAAGCUUAAGCAAGCAUAAGAUUUCAGAAACGAUUAGUUAUUGAUAUUAUUAAAUAAAACAAGUAAA